UAUGUUUUUUUUUUUUUAUUUCCUUUUCUUUGGAAGCAAAUCGCCAGUAUGGAAACAUUGUAUGUAAAGCAAGAUGAGUGGGAGGAAAGAGUUAAUUGCUUUUAAGAUCCUGCAAUAGAGAAUUAUGGUUUGAAAGAUAGAGGCUGGACAGCUGGGUUUGCUGGGGUAUUUUUAAAUGCAUUAAUGCAGGCUCCAAUCACUCGGCCAUGCUUGACCUAUUUUUGGCUCAGGCCGACCAUUGUUCUAUUUCUGUGCCUGUGGGCCAUGCCGUUGUUGAUUCAUAUGCAAAUGGAUUAUCACUACCUUUAGCCAACUUGAGCUGAGAGAGACCAGGGAGAGGGAAGAGACACAGACAGAUAGGAGAAGGGCACCAGCUAAAGCCACUUGCAGGACUGACAGUUCUUACAAGGAAACUAGCAGUCUGAAGAUCUAUAAGCCAGGUUUAAUUGGUUUCUUUUCCUCGUGGGUAGAGCUAAUAUUUUUCUACUUAUUCUGACAAGGCAAUAACCCUGAAGCACAUUCCUAUUUCCCACCUGCUUUUAGUUUCCUGGAUGACCUAACCAGCAAAGAGCCAUAGCAUCCACUUGGUCCUACUUAGUACACAGAUGGGGUGGCUGGACGAGAGCAGCUCUUGGCUCAGCAGAGAAUGCACAGUAUGAUCAGCUCAGUGGAUGUGAAAUCAGAAGUUCCUGUGGGCCUGGAGCCCAUCUCGCCCUUGGACUUAAGGACAGACCUUAGGAUGAUGAUGCCUGUGGUGGACCCUGUUGUUCGUGAGAAACAACUGCAACAAGAGUUACUUCUUAUUCAGCAACAACAGCAAAUCCAAAAACAGCUCCUGAUUGCAGAAUUUCAGAAACAGCAUGAGAAUUUGACAAGGCAGCACCAGGCUCAGCUUCAGGAGCACAUCAAGUUGCAACAGGAACUUCUAGCCAUAAAACAGCAACAAGAACUUCUAGAAAAGGAGCAGAAACUGGAGCAGCAGAGGCAAGAACAGGAAGUAGAGAGGCACCGCAGAGAACAGCAGCUUCCUCCUCUCAGAGGCAAAGAUAGAGGACGAGAAAGGGCAGUGGCAAGUACAGAAGUAAAGCAGAAGCUUCAAGAAUUCCUGUUGAGUAAAUCAGCAACAAAAGACACUCCAACAAAUGGAAAAAAUCAUUCCGUGAGCCGCCAUCCCAAGCUCUGGUACACGGCUGCCCACCACACGUCAUUGGAUCAAAGCUCUCCGCCCCUGAGUGGAACAUCUCCAUCUUACAAGUAUACAUUACCAGGAGCACAAGAUGCAAAGGAUGAUUUCCCGCUUCGAAAAACUGCCUCUGAGCCCAACUUGAAGGUGCGGUCCAGGUUAAAACAGAAAGUGGCAGAGAGGAGAAGCAGCCCCUUACUCAGGCGGAAGGAUGGAAAUGUUGUCACUUCAUUCAAGAAGCGAAUGUUUGAGGUGACAGAGUCCUCAGUCAGUAGCAGUUCUCCCGGGUCUGGUCCUAGUUCACCAAAUAAUGGACCAGCUGGAAAUGUUACUGAAAAUGAACCUUCAGUUCUACCACCUACUCCUCAUGCUGAGCAAAUUGUUUCACAACGUAUUCUAAUUCAUGAAGAUUCCAUGAACCUACUAAGUCUUUAUACCUCUCCCUCUUUGCCCAACAUUACCUUGGGACUUCCAGCAGUGCCACCUUCACUCAAUGCUUCAAAUCCACUCAAAGAAAAACAGAAGUGUGAGACCCAGACACUCAGGCAAGCUGUUCCUCUGCCUGGGCAGUAUGGGAGCAGCAUCCCAGCAUCUUCAAGUCAUCCCCAUGUUGGUUUAGAGGGAAAGCCCAACAGUAGCCACCAAGCUCUCCUGCAGCAUUUAUUACUGAAAGAACAAAUGCGACAGCAAAAGCUUCUUGUGGCUGGUGGAGUACCCUUACAUCCUCAGUCUCCCUUAGCAACAAAGGAGAGAAUUUCACCCGGUAUCAGAGGCACCCACAAAUUACCCCGUCACAGACCUUUGAAUAGAACCCAGUCUGCUCCUUUGCCUCAGAGCACAUUGGCUCAGUUGGUCAUUCAGCAGCAACACCAGCAAUUUUUGGAGAAACAGAAGCAAUAUCAGCAGCAGAUCCACAUGAACAAACUGCUUUCGAAAUCUAUUGAACAACUGAAGCAACCAGGCAGUCACCUGGAGGAAGCAGAGGAAGAGCUUCAAGGAGACCAAGCAAUGCAGGAAGACAGAGCACCCUCUUGUGGCAACAGCACUAGGAGCGACAGUAGUGCUUGUGCAGAUGAUACACUGGGACAAGUUGGGGCUGUGAAGGUCAAGGAGGAACCAGUGGACAGUGACGAAGAUGCUCAGAUCCAGGAAAUGGAAUCUGGGGAGCAGGCUGCUUUUAUGCAACAGCCCUUCCUGGAGCCCCAACAUACACGUGCACUCUCUGUGUGCCAGCCUCAGCUGACCGUGGUUGGCAUGGAUGGAUUAGAGAAACAUCGUCUUGUCUCCAGAACUCAUUCCUCCCCUGCUGCCUCCAUUCUACCUCAUCCAGAAAUGGAACACCCCCUUCAUCCCAACUCUGCAACUGGAAUUGCCUACGAUCCUCUGAUGUUGAAACACCAGUGCAUUUGUGGCAAUUCCACCACCCACCCUGAGCAUGCUGGACGAAUACAGAGCAUAUGGUCACGGCUGCAAGAAACUGGGCUGCUAAAUAAAUGCGAGAGAAUCCAAGGUCGAAAAGCCAGUCUGGAGGAAAUACAACUUGUUCAUUCUGAACAUCACUCACUGCUGUAUGGCACCAACCCCCUGGAUGGACAGAAGCUGGAUCCCAGGACUCUCUUGGGUGAUGGCUCUCAAAAGUUUUUUUCUUCAUUACCCUGUGGUGGAGUUGGAGUGGACAGUGACACCAUUUGGAAUGAGCUGCACUCGUCCGGUGCUGCACGCAUGGCUGUUGGCUGUGUCAUCGAGCUGGCUUCCAAAGUGGCCUCAGGAGAGCUGAAGAAUGGGUUUGCUGUUGUGAGACCCCCAGGCCAUCAUGCUGAAGAAUCUACAGCCAUGGGGUUCUGCUUUUUUAAUUCAGUUGCAAUUACGGCCAAAUACUUGAGAGACCAACUAAAUAUAAGCAAGAUAUUGAUUGUAGAUCUGGAUGUUCACCAUGGAAACGGUACACAGCAGGCCUUUUAUGCUGACCCCAGCAUCCUGUAUAUUUCACUACACCGCUAUGAUGAAGGGAACUUUUUCCCUGGCAGCGGAGCCCCAAAUGAGGUUGGGACAGGUCUUGGAGAAGGCUACAAUAUAAAUAUUGCCUGGACAGGUGGCCUUGAUCCUCCCAUGGGAGAUAUUGAAUACCUUGAGGCAUUCAGGACUGUAGUGACACCUGUGGCCAACGAGUUUGAUCCAGACAUAGUCCUAGUUUCAGCUGGAUUUGAUGCAUUAGAAGGCCACACCCCUCCUUUAGGGGGAUAUAAAGUGACAGCAAAGUGCUUUGGUCAUUUGACGAAGCAAUUGAUGACCCUGGCUGGUGGGCAUGUGGUGUUAGCUCUUGAAGGAGGACAUGAUCUAACAGCCAUCUGUGAUGCAUCAGAAGCCUGUGUAAAUGCCCUUCUAGGAAAUGAGCUGGAGCCUCUGGCAGAAGAUAUUCUCCAUCAAACACCGAAUAUGAAUGCUGUUAUGUCUUUACAGAAGAUCAUUGAAAUUCAAAGCAAGUAUUGGAAGUCAGUAAGGAUGGUGGCUGCGCCAAGGGGCUGUGCUCUGAUUGGAACUCUGCUUCAAGAGGAGACUGAGACUGUUUCUGCCAUGGCUUCCUUGACAGUGGAUGUGGAACAGUCUUUUGCUCCAGAAGACAGCAGAACUGCUGGUGAGCCUAUGGAAGAGGAGCCAGCCUUGUGAAGUGCCAAGUUCCCCCCCACCCUGAUAUUUCCUGUGUAUGACAUCAUUGUGUAUCCCCCCACCCCAGCACCCUCAGACAUGUCUUGUCUGCUGCCUGGGUGGCACAGAUUCGAUGGAACAUAAACACUGGGCACAAAAUUCUGAACAGCAGCUUCACUUGUUCUUUGGAUGGACUUGAAAGGGCAUUAAAGAUUCCUUAAAUGUAACCGCUGUGAUUCUAAAGUUACAGUAAACCACGACUGGAAGAAACUGCUUCCAGCAAGCUUUUAAUAUGCUUGGUGACCCACUCCUCGGCUCAGAGUAUGAACAAGAAACAUCCAAAACAGUAUUAGAUACUGCUGAUUACUGAAGCUAUGACAUCCAGUGAAAUUUGGGGCAAAACCUGAGAAAUUUUUAUUCCUGACAUUCUGCUCAGUUUUUUUUUUAAUUGGGUAAUUUUUGUCAAACAGUCUAAACUUGUUUAUAAGAUUUGCUUUCAGCUAUGAAGGGAUAGCAAUUCCCACAGAUUGGAAGAUUUUUGUUUUGUUUGUUUUUUGACCUUUGUUUUAACACAUGGCUCGGCUCUUGCUAACAAGGGUUCAUAAUGGAAGAACUAUUGAUGCUAUGAGGCUUCAUUCAGUGGAAUAAAAUACAUUAUAUCUCAAAAUCCAAAUGUCAAAGGAACUUAAAAAACUUUAUGAACACAUGAUGAAAUAUUUUUCUGUCACAUUCUUUGAAGAAAAAAAAUAGCCUAUUUCUUUAACAUCAUUCUGUGUUCUCACACACAGAGCUUUGCAAUAACAUUUUGAGGAUGAAAUCUCCCUCCCUCAUUUUAACCUUUAUGCUGUUGAUGGGAGCCCUGAGCGCAUGUUCCACGGAGGAUUUUUAGUGUUUUUGAAAAGUGUAGAACUUUUCAAAAGUGGUCUUGGUAGUUUCCAAAUCUGUAAAGAACUUACUCACACACUUUCCUUUUUCUGUUCUCCAUCCCUUCCUUUCUUUUGACCUUCCACCGUUCAUUACUACAGAAAAGCAGAGCACACACAACCUCCCUUACUACUUAGAAACUCAGUUCCUCUUUCCUUUCUAUUUAAGACUUUUCUGAUUUACACAGUUUCUUGCUCGAACCGUAUUCUUUUAGCUGAAAGUACUAAGGUGAACACGGCUUAAUCAAUAUUACUGAAUUUUCUAGAUUUUUGAAAUGUACUGAUGAAGGCAUUGCUUAGUUGAAGUCACCUUGAACUGAGCUACACAUAAGAGCUGUCCUUUCACAUGAAAACAAGACACAAACUUAACCUUUAAGCAUGUUGCCUUAGUGUCAAAUAUUAAAAAUAUGGAUAUUUAUUGUAAGAUUAAAAGCAACUUACUAAGUAGAAGGUUAAUUAUAUUAUCCACCUACCUCUCCAAAUUAUAGGUCAAUGCUAACAAAUACGUAAAGACACUGAUGUGAAAUAUCUUGCAGUAUUUAAUAAUUGACAAUGCUUUGAAACAGUCGAUAUUUCUUUUUACAUAGUUUCCCAACUCAAAGGAUAUAUUAAAGCCAUAAGUGAAGAUUGUCAUGCUUUUAUUCAGAAAUUUGAAAGAGCCCUUAAUUAAAACAAGGUUUUAAGGAAGGCCAUGAUAUGAAAGAUAUGGGACAAUGUGGUUUUAGUUAAAGAGGACUCUAACCUGUAAAUCAAAGAUGAAAGAUUUCACUCAAGUAGAAUUAUAUAACUCCUUUUUGUUAUAGAGUCAGACCAUAUUUUUCACGCAUUUGAUUUUUUUAGGAUUACCAUUUUAAUUUUAAAGACUUUUAUUACAUAUACAGAAAUAGCUCAGUACUUGGUUUAACAUCUUAGAAAUUUGAGACAUGCUUUGAAAUAGGAAAUCUGAAAUGGAAUGUAACUCAACAUUAGGUAAAAACUAUUUUCACUGCAUAAAGGUAAGGUCAAUGUAGAUUCUCAACCUAGAUUUUACAAAUAUUUAAUUUUACACAAAACUUCAUGGCCUUAGCAGAGGAAUUCAUGCCAAUCUUGUUGCUUUGCUAUAAUUUCUUGAGGAGAUGUAUUUAAGAAAACUAAGCAGUGGGACCAAGGUUAAGAAUGUUCCUCUUUAAAAGAGGAAAGUUGUAUCAUAUAUAAAUAAAAAAUAAGUCUGAUAUUUUAAAAUGUGCUUCAAAAUUAUAAGUCUCUAUCUUAAUCUUCAAUCAGAAGUCUCAGAAAUUUUUUGAUGUCGAGUAAGAAAGUGAAACAAUAUAGUGUCAUACCGACUUACUGAUGAUUACUACAACAAUGUUACUGUAGUCUCAUGCAAGACCAUCAGUCUAAUAAAGCCAAAUCUCUCAGACAUCUCCAUGGUUCUUUGGAUUUAAAACAUGGCCCAUUAAUUAGUUAAACACACAUCCUUCCACUUUACCCAACUGGUUACAGUUCACGUCUUUGGUAUACAAAAAGAGGCAGAUAAACUAUGGACAGGAUUAAUCACAGAUGAAUGUGGUUGUAAGAACAGAAUGUCAUUUCUUUUUUAUUAUACUGUUACAAGAUGCAGUAUAGCCCUUCAGGACAGAAUGAAGGAUUUUGAAGAAUAUCAGUACUUCUUUUGAAAUAGUCCAGCAGUUUUGAAAGUGAAAUUUCAUUUGACUUAGUUUUCUUCACUAACACAUUUCUUUUUUUGUUGUUGCUCACAAUAGUUCCUAGUAAGAGAUUGCACCAAUAGCCCCUCUUUGAGCAAUAUCAAUAAUUAUGAUUGAUAUUGUGAAAGACAAUCACAUAGAUUUUUUCACAAUGUUUACAUUCAUGCACAGUAAGUAAAAAUAGUUGUUUUAAGAAAUAUAUUUGCAAAUGGUGCUAGGAGUAUAGUUUAGUAAGAUUUCAUUGAAAGUACAAAAGGAUUUUAAAAAAAGAAUUUUCUAGUUCUAUUUGGAAGUGUCUAUUAAAUUGAAAAUCAUAGCUUUACUCACCAAAAGCAAAGUGGAUCUUAAAUCAUAAUAAAAGCUACCUUUUUGCUUAGUAAAUUGGGAAGAAUAUGUUGAGAGGGAAUAUGUUUAAAUGCUUAAUACCAAAAAUGAAGACAGAAGUCAAUGUUUAGGGAAACCGAGAUACUUAUAUAAAUGACUACAAAUCACAUUUCCAUUAGCAGGUCUAGGAACUGAAAUCUUGCUGCAGUUUUGGCUGCUACUCCAUGCAAAACUCUCACACAGUUCUUAGUAACAACAUGGUAGAUAAAAGCAAGAUACAGCAAACUAAGAUUUCAGAAACUAUAGGACCAGUAUUUCUUAAGAAUUCAAUACUGUUUCAUUUUCAAAUAACCUUCAUAAACUUUGUGGACUUACUGAGUUUCUUUACAGACUCCAUGUGGAAGUAAAAUUGAAUGAGCCUGUAGAAAGUCUCAUGAGAGAAAUUUCUCUAAGUCAGCAUGUUCAGACUUACUUUUAUAUCCCGGCAUUUAUGCUUAGGACUAUUUGUUUAAUUUUUUCUUACUAGUUAUUUUUUGAGAUUGUUCUCUCAAUUUCUUUCAAUGGAAAUAUUUAAUGUCUAGUAGUCACAAACCAAACAUGCCAAAGGUUUCUACCUUAAACGUGACUUAUUCAGAGUUUUAAAUAAUCACUAUGUCAGAGUUUGACAUUGUCAUUUCUAGAAGCAUCUAUCCUAGCAUCCUUUUCCUUAUCCAGGGAUGAAAUGACUUACGUAAAAAAAUAAGGACAAAAGUAGGAGACAACACACCUGUUCAACUAUGCCAUAAAGAGGACAUUUUCACCUUCAAAAGAAAUGAAAAACAGAUGAUUUAUGCUGAGAAAAGAAAGCAUUUUAUUAUUUUCAAAAUGUAUCACCAACAUAGGAUCAUGAUCAAAUAUAUUUUUUAUCCCAAAGAAUGGAAUUAUAUUUUAUCUCCUGCAUUAUUUUGACUUUUACUGUCUUUUGAAUGAAGUAUGAGAAGCAUUACAUGACCUUACUCAACACCAGCCCUGAAAUAUGUAAGUGCCUAUGGGUGGCUUCUUAUCUUGAUCAUAUUUACAUUGAAAAAUAAUAGCUUUUGCCUCCUCAUAAUUUUCUUUCACUCCAUCAAAAGCUUCUUGAAGCAUAACAUGAUAGUCAUAUGACCAGAGGAAAGUGUUUUGAAUUAACAUGGUAUCUGCACACAGGACUAUACAACUGAGUUUCUCCAAAUCAACUGUACUCAAUUUUUUCUAUGACAUAGUAGUUUUAUUUAGUGGAUUAAGGAACAACUGAUUCAGUUAUUAAUAUGAUUGAAAUAGAUGGUUUAGACAAGUGAAUCUUAGACAUGUGAUCUGGGACUUUUGGGAUCUUGGUCUUAAUAAUAUAGUAAAAAAAAGUCAUAACAGUUUCUCAGACUAUCUUAAUUCUUGAGCUGGAAUACUUAGCAAAUAUGUACUGAAUUUACUAUAUCUGCCGAUAAUUCUAACCAAUAUUUCCCUUUCCACCUUUUUUAUUUCAUUGUAAAAUUACCAAUGCAAAGUCACUAUAAUGAGCAAUAGGAAUAUUGUUUAAUCUCUAUUUUAUGUUUCCUAAGUAGAAACAAACUUAGCAACUGGUUUUCUGAGACACCAUAGGAUAUUUUUCCUUCCCUGUAAUUUAUGUAACAUUCUAGUAAAUACUGUUUUUUUAAUCCCUACCUUUAAAUAUUUCUUACCUUAAAAAUAAACCAAGUUAUUGUAUUUUUAUCUAUAGAUUUGAACCUAGUACUUUCUUUAGUACAGAAAUUUUUAUGUUAAAUAAAGUUUCUACCAUUCUUACUAGUACCUAAUUGUGUUGUGCUAAAGGAGAUUAUGCAUAUUUUUUUGUCCUUUGGAUCCUACCUUUUCCACUUAAACUCACAAGUUUGAAUUCUAUUCUAAAGAAUAUAGCCAAAUAUAAAGCUUAAAUCAACAUAACACAGAAGUGUGAUAUUUUCAGAUUAUUCAAAAAAAUUAAACUCUUUUAUUUACCUGUUUGGACCUUACGCAGAAUAGAGACAAAUACUGCAACAUCAAGUAUAAUAAGGAGGAUGAGAUAUUUUGUAGGACACUGUGGCAAUAUCUCACAGAAGAAAGUGGCAUUCUUUCUUGCAGUUGGCAUAUUAUGACAGUUAGUAAAGAACUUGCAACAAUUCUGCUCUUGAUUUUACCAACAAUAUGGAGUAAUAAAACGUGUGGGAAUUAUUUUUUAUAUCUGAGUAGGAAUAAUAAUGUAUGGUUAUGUAAAGGCUGUUUUAGAUGUAAACAUUCAUAGCCUCCUUCUAAAUUAUAGGAUUCUCGAACUCUUUCUGAAUCAGUAAUAGCAAUAUUUAUCUCCAAUUUAACCAAGCUAUAUGAAAUUACCAUUUAAGUAGCUGCUGGGGAUAACUAUCUUUCCGCUAAAAAUGAAUGAGAAAAGCUUUCAGCUUACACAACCUUUACCACAAACAAGAACUUAAGUUGGAAUCACAGCAUGGGAAUACCAAGCAGUGUGGGAUCUUUAUGAGUGGUGGAACAGUACUAUGGUGUCUCUCUCCUUCUCUGUUUCUCAUCAUUUAUCUAGAGGGGGAAAAAAAGUGAUAAUUUUAUAGAUAAUAGGCUCAACAUUUUAUGUAAUUUCAAAGGAGAUAGCCUAAUAUUUUUAAAUAAGGUGGGCUGUGCAGACAGGAAACCAGUAUUUUCUAAUCUUGUGACUGAACUCUAAACUAGACUUGUUGAUGUGUUUGCCAAUAACCUGUAAUUUCUGGCUUAGUAUAAAUUAAAAUGUCUUUUCUAUUGUGAUCUGAUAUCUUUCAGUAAUAAGAUCAGUUUGUUGUCUUCUGUGAACCAGUGGUUUUGCCCUUAAUUUUUUUGACUAGAUCUGUCAUACAGAGCUGCUAUGAAAAAUACAUGUUGCCAAACUUCUUUUUAAAAAUUGUGCUGCCAGUGAUGUUUUCCGAAAUGUAAAAAAUAAUUACCUUAUAAAGGAUAGAUAACCAAUAACAACAGCAUUUUGAACACACUCUUAGAAUGUUUACUUUUCUGAGUCCCUUUUUUUUGUAUUUGAAAUUAUUGAACAGAAAAUUCAAUGGUGUGUUCCAAUUUUUUGUUGUUGUUAAUAUCAUAGUUCUCUUUUAGAGAGAUGGAAAUAUUAUUUCUUUGUGUCUUAUGUUUUCUACUGAAUUAGACUUUCCUCUAGUCUUAGAAUGAAUAAAAGCUAUUUGAAAUAAAAAA